UGUCAGCAAACAAGGCGACGAUUGUUCGUCAGCUCCUCCACAGCAGCAGGUGGCGCUGUAGUGCAGCAAGGGCGUGGACCCGGAAAAAGGAUGAAUGGUGACGUCAUCGACCGGAUCGCGCGGAAAUUUGAAAGCAAAGAUGGCAGAUAUUCAAACUGUGUUGCAGCGCUCUGAGCGUGUCCUGCUGGCGCCGUGUGGGGACCUGGACCAGUCGGACUUGGCAGACUCAGCAGAGGGAACACUUCUCUUCAUGCAGGACAGUCGUCAGGUGAAGAAGGUUCUGUGGCGCCAGCUCUACGUCCUGGACUCCAUGAUGCGUGUGUUGGAGGGUCAGCACCUGCUGACACAGCCCUGCCCUCCUCCAGCAGGGGGCGGAGCUCGAGAGAGGUGGAAGGCGGCCAAGGCAGAGAGCAGGACCAUGGAGACUCACCUGGAGGCACUGAUCUCUACACUGCACCGCAACAUCCAGCAUGGAGUUCGUGGGCGACACACACUCACACACCUGUUGCAAGAGCUGCACAGCAAGAAGGAGCAGAGAGAAGACGUGGAGGAGUGUGUGCAGAAGGCCCACAAUGCAUUGCAGAGAAGUGAGGGUCAGCUGACUCAGCUGAGGGCGGAGCUUAAGGCGGUGCUGGCAUAUGUGGAUUCCUGGCAGCGUUCCAGAGAUGACUUCAGGGCGUACCUGUCAGACGUGCAUGAGGUCACACCCCUGCACCUGCUGUCCUUCGACCAAUCACAGCUGUCCCUGGAGUGGCGGCACAAAGAGCAGGCCAGCCAUGACGUGGAGCCACUGAAGGUGUCAGUCAGGUGGAGUCACGACCACCGCUUCACACUUCAGGUGAGCCAGCCGGGGUUGGCGCCCCACAGCGUCUCGGGCGGCCGCUCGGAGCUGGGCGCCACCCUGUUGGAGGUCAUGCAGUACUACAUGGGUCAGGCCCGCCUCCUGUCUGAGAUCCAGCAUUUGAGGUCCAGCUUCGCCAUCGACUGGCUUCCUGCCAGCCGCGUGCUGGUCUACCUGAAGUCUGCGUCGCUGGUCUGUCACCUGCAGGUGCAGGAGGGUUACCCCGACACUGGCGCCGUCAGUCUGCUGUCCGUGCACAGAGACGCUCAGCCCGUGGACACCUGUGGACUACAGCCUCCAAAAGCUCACAGCCGCCUGACUGACUGGCUGGUUCUUCUCUGCAGCAGUCCUCUCAUCUGAUGUCCUCUCCUCUCACAUCCUCUCAUCUGAUGUCUUUUUCUUUGAUGUCAUUUCAUCUGAUGUCUUCUUCUUUGAUGUCCUCUCAUCUUACAUCCUCUCAUCUGAUGUAUUCUUCUAUGAUGUCCUCUCAUCUCACAUCCACUCAUCUGAUGUAUUCUUCUUUGAUGUCCUCUCAUCUCACAUCCUCUUAUUUGCUGUCUUCUUCUUUGAUGAUCUCUCAUCUCACAUCCUCUCAUCUGAUGUCUUCUUCUUUGAUGUCCUCUCAUCUCACAUGUUCUCAUCUGAUGUCUUCUUCGUUGAUGUCCUCUCAUCUCACAUCCUCUCAUCUGAUGUUUUCUUCUUUGAUGUCCUCUCAUCUCACAUCCUCUCAUCUGAUGUCUUCUUCUUUGAUGUCCUCUCAUCUCACAUCCUCUCAUCUGAUGUCUUCUUCUUUGAUGUCCUCUCAUCUCACAUCUUCUCGUCUGAUGUAUUCUUCUUUGAUGUCCUAUCAUCUCACAUUCUCUCAUCUGAUGUCUUCUUUUUUGAUGUCCUGUCAUUUCACAUCCUCUCAUCUGAUGUCCUCUCAACUGUCAUGCAUUUAAUCAAAUAUAUUUUUUUAAAUUACUUGUUGACAUUCUGAUGAUAAAAUUACAUUUGUAUCCAAA